UAAAACGUCGGUUAUAAAUAAAAAAAAAACCUAAAUCGUUCGAUCCAAACCGUUGAUAACUCCUUUUCAUCUCAGCCGUUAGAUUCGGUCAUCAAGUUUAUCAAAAUUCAAUUUUUUCAAAAGAGACGAAGAAGAAGCAGACGAACACAGAGGAGGAAGAAGACGAGCUCUCUAGCUGAAAGCAGCAGCGAAAUCUCUCUCUCUCUCUCCAUUGAAUUUUUCACUAUGGAUAACUCCGAUCAGGACUUGGGCUCUCCGCGAAACCAAUUGGCGCGUCGAUUGGAUUUCUCCGUCUCGGCGGCGGCGGCGGAGAUGGAAUCUUCUCAGGGAAGUGAGAAGCAUUCUCUUCUCGAUUCGAAUUCUUCUCGGGAAGAUCAUAAAGAAGAAGACUUGCUGCCUCCUCCGCCUCCGUCUGGUUCCGAGGAGCAAGUGCUGAAACCGCCGGUUAGAUCGGAACUCACCACGCCGCCGCAGAGACCUCCUCCGCUUAAUGGGUUUGAUCAUAAGUCCGCCAAGUGUCGAGUGAGCAAGCAAGAGCCUUUAACACCACGAGGGCACACGGAAGCUGCAUCCAAUGAGGGCACUCCACGUAAACAGAAGCAUUGCAACUGUAAAAAUUCAAAAUGCUUGAAGCUGUAUUGUGAGUGCUUUGCGUCGGGGUCGUAUUGCAAUGGUUGCAACUGUUUGAAUUGUCACAACAAUUUGGAGAACGAGAGCGCAAGACAAGAAGCCAUCAACGGGACGUUGGAGCGUAAUCCGGAUGCCUUCAAGUCCAAGAUUGCUGGUAGUCCUCUUGGAACCGAAGAUUUGCAGGAAGAUGUGCGGCACCAACUACUGAUUCUGGGAAAGCAUAGCAAAGGAUGCCACUGCAAGAAAUCAGGAUGCCUCAAGAAGUACUGCGAGUGUUUCCAGGCCAAUGUCCUAUGUUCAGAGAAUUGUAGAUGCCAAGAUUGCAAGAACUUUGAAGGUAGCGUAGAGAGAAACACCCUUCUUCAUGGACCAGAAACCUACAUACAACAACAGACGGUUCACGUUAAUCCUCUUGAAUUAAGAAAGAGAAAGAGCAAGGAAGCUUCACAUUCAGCUAGAGGUUCAUCUGCGGUUACACACCUUAUAAGGAAUGGUGACACUUCUCUAUUUUCAGUUCCUAACAACAGGGAGGUAUCUGGAUCUACCGCAUGUUCUUACAGGUCUUCUCUGUCAAAUACUAUCCAGCCGCGUCAUGUGAAAGACCUAUGUGCGCUUUUGGUCACUAAAUCUUUGGAUGUAGCAAAUAAAAGGAGGAAGAGUGAGAAAGACCCUUCACUUGAUCCAGCACUGAGAGAUGCUAAUGAGACUAAUGACUCUCCAGAUUGUGUGCUUGACUCUACUAGAAUGGACGAGAAGCCUUUAUCUCCAGCAACACGUGCAUUGAUGUGUGAUGAUGAGGAUGUGAUCAUAUCAGAGAAAGAGACAUCUGCCGCCCGAGUGAAAACAAGCCAAGAGAAAGAAGAAGACGCAGACACAAGCUCGGAGAGUUUCGUAGAACAAGAAAGACAGAUCUUGUCGAGCUUCAGGGACUUUCUUAUUCAGUUCUCAAACCGUGGGAACAUAAAAGGAAUGAAUAUCAAAACCAAGACAAAUCAGAGUAGAAAGGAACCACCAGAAGAUGAAGAGCAAAGGAAUCAGAACUCAGGUUUAGGGUAAUGCUUAGGAAACGUCUCUGACAAAAACUUUAGCGUCUUAACUCUUUUUAACAUGUGACCAUCUACAUUGUUUUAAAAGCAUCUAUAGGAAGAUCAGAUUAGAUUAAUUAUUGGGACUGUUAGAUUAGUGCUAACUGCAAGGUACUAAGUUUCAUACAUUGGCGUGAAGAUUUUGAGUAACUAGUGUCUGCUUGAAUAAAAUUGUUACCUAAUUUGAAAA